UGGAUGUUGUUGACAGACCCCACUCUCUGGUUUUUAGAUCUGCCUUUGAUUCCAGUCAUGGAGGAGGAGGACGUUAAGUUUGAUAAGCGGAUAUUUGAGGGUCUAACUGCCCAGGGACUAAAUAAGCUACAGUUUGCUAUUGUCAAACUAGAGUCUUGCAAUGGGACAGAAAGUAUUUCAUUUUCAGAAGCCUCUUGUGGAUAUGAAGUGUUAAGGGACAAAAUAAAACGACGACCAUGUUUUUUCCCGUUUACAUCAAUCUUCAAAGACGGCGUUUCUUUCUUGCAAAAUUUGGAAAAAGCAAGCAACGAUGACAUUAAAAAUAUGGAAGGCUACAUGAAAGAUGCUGCUUUACGCCUUAAUGCAUUUUACAAAGCUAAAGAGCGCAAUGAAUCCUGUCUGAAAAAAGUCUUUGACAUCAGACUAAAUAGAGAAGAAAUGGCAGUUACAGAGACAGAUAUAAGCAUUACACUUGCAGAGCACUUGCUUGGAAAGUUAGCUCCUGGGGAGUCCUACAAAAUUGAUGAUAAAGCAAGGGGAGAGAAGAGUUGCAGGUGUGGAUGUAAAGUGACACCUGUAUUUGGUGGAACAGGAAUAGGGCAUGAACAAGUUUGGCAUGGAUUCAUUGAUAUUGUCUUCUCUCCACAUCUGGGAAUUCCUGCUAUAGCAAGCACUGUGUUGGAUAGGGAAGAAAAGAUUUCCAAAAAAAGAAAAGUUGAAUGUGAACAAGAUGAAACACAGAACGAUGAUUCUUCAGGUCAGAGGUCAACAGAGGUCAAGCAGCAUUCACUGUCACAAGCAAUAGCACAAACAAUUGUGUAUUCUCUAGUUGAAAAGCAAAAACACCCAAAUUUUUUACAUCACAUGAUACCAAAUAUUGUUAUUUCCCCGGAAAAGGUGGAAAUUCUGAUGUAUGAUGCAGAUAGUGAUGUUUUACUUUGCAGCAAUCCAAUUCUAUUAUUCAAUUUAGAUCUUCCAGAAGAGAGAACCCUUAUUGAUGAGACUGUUAUUAUUCUGUGGAUGGUUUUACAUUACAGAAUAUUUUGCACUGGAUUCAAUAAGGCAAAACCUUAUGUACUUGAAAGAUGUAAAUCAAAUUUUAGACAACUUGUUGCAAGUAAGUGGGAUAUCUAUUCAAAAUCCUUGAAGAGCUUUGUUUCUGGUUUCCCUUCUGUAGAAAAAUGGCCGAUAAGUAAGUUAGUUCAGUGUGGUUUAACACUUGAAUUUGAGUCGGAUGACUUUUAAAAUGCCAAAUUUACAAAAUGAAGGCUUAUCAAUUCCAGUCAUAAAGUAAUGUUUGUAAAAAAAUUUUAAUGAUGUGUACCUGUUAUAGAAUUAAAGUUUUCUUAUAUCAA